CAAGUCAACCACCUGCAACAUUAUUAUCAUCACAAACAGCAUUAUUCCUCCAACUGCCAAAAUCGCUAAUCUCCAAAUUAGAGUUACAUCAUUCCUUGCUCAGUGAAUUGUCCGUUCAGUCCCCCAAUGGCGGAGCCGUACGGAACCAACGGCGGAGUCCACGUGGCCGUCAUCGACAACGACGGCGAGGUCCACACCAAACGGGAGGAGACUCUCUACGGCGUUUUCCACCGUCUGAUCAUUGAGAUCCUCUUCCCCGGCUCCACCAGUGCCGGCGCUGCUGCUCCGCUGUUUCACCGGAUCAAAACCUCCCUAGCCAAGAACGUUCCGCUGCUUCGCGAAGCUUCUAGAAACAGUGGGCGGAACGUUCUUCUGUGGACUCGGAGAGGGAGUCCUCUCCGUGCACUUCUGGUCAUCUCUGUUGGCACAAUUACUGCUGUUGCCUUGACAGGAUUGCUUGUCUUCAUGCUUUUCUUCGUGGCAGCAACUUUCAAUGCCGUUGUUAUUUCUCUCCUACUGUCUUUGGCAGCUGCCGGAGGAUUCUUGGCCAUUUUCUUUGCCUGUGUAACAGCUAUAUACAUUGGAGCAUUAUCAGUGGCUGUUUUUGUUAUUUCUGCCACAACAAUAACUGCAAUGGGAGCUGUUCUGUUAACUACAGGUUGGAUUGGAUUCUUUUGGAUCGUGUUGCUGGCAACAAAGAAAUCUCUGGGCCUUGCUAAGAAGUCAUUCGAUGCGACUGGUUCAGCGCUUGCAGCUUACUCUUAUACUAGGCAUGCUCGCCAUCAUUCAGCAAUCGAUAAGGUAGAUUGAAGAAUAAUAAAAAAAAUAAAGUGUCUGAUUGAAGCAUAUGCCAGGUUUCCAGACCCUUGUUGAGAUAUAUGACAAUGUCGUUUCUUAUCUACAGUUUGAUGCAUAUUUGUUGGAUUAUUGUUAAGGCAAGGUAGGCGGGGUAUUGUAUAGGUUUUCCCAAGUUUGUCUAUUUUCUUGUCCAUAUAAAACUACUAUAUAUCGGCCUCUUUUGUAUAAUAUAUGUGUUGCAGAUGUUAAAUUGCACAGAACAUAGGCAUAAUGCCGUAUAUAUUAAACACAACCACUCUUCCCUCGAGGAGUUGUGAUCUGUUCAUGUA